AUGGCCCCUCCCGCUCGCACACCGCAACAAAUCACGCUCGGUGACAUCCUCCGAGCCCAAUGGAACGACCCCGAGGUACGCCCCGACGCUGUUCCCGCUCUGACCCGCAAGAACCCACCGAUUCACCUUCUCAUCUUUUGAUCGUUCCCACAGUCGUACAAGGCCAACUUUGGGAUCGGAGUCGCCGUCGCAACGUUCGCCUCGGCGAUCGUCGUCCUCUCCCAGUUCGGCGAUCUGCUGGUGCCUCGGUUCUGAUCGAAGCAUUUCGUCGACCGCACUGUAACCAUAAUCCAUGCCUCUGAAAAUCAACGUCAUCACUCGCAAAACUCUGAUGGCCGAGAGAACGAGGCCACUUGAGAUGACCCAGAAAGUUGUGUGCAAAUCUUGAGCCAAAUAUCAAUCAAGCCUGUCCGGGCCGACUCCCUGGCCACGGCCCAGCCAACCAACGCUGCCCCCCAGACAUGGACUUUUUGUACUGUGCAGGCAUGAAUCCACAGCGGGAAAAAAGGAAAAGCUGAUCUGCCCGCUGACUCCCGCUGACGGUGCCGUACGACGGUACGACUCGGAGUGAAGCGCGCGUCAUUUGACCAGCAGGGUUGAGCAGUGUUUGAGCCCCGAAUAAAGUCAAAAGUCCAUCCAGCUUUGGCACAGCAGUUCUGCCUCUCUCCGCGCACCCUCUUGAGCUGCGUACAAUCUGUCCACCAUGUGAGUUGUACCCCCACACCGGGCGCUGAACAGUCUCUUGCUGCUUUGCAAGCCCGUCCCUUCCCUCCGACUCGAUCGAACCGCUUGCGCGUCCACCCACCACCGACCCAUACCGUACGACCGCCGCCGUCGCCACACGACUCCACAUUCGCAUCCACCUGCGCUGCGAGCUCGUGUCGCAUUCGCCCAUCGCUGACCUCAUCGCAUCCUCUCCGUGCUCAGGGUCUCGAUCACAUUCAAGACGCUGCAACAAAAGCAGUUCAAGAUCGAGGCGCAACCGACCGACACCGUCAGUAGGACUCCCACGACAUUUCGUCCCAUUCGUUCUCAGCGGGCUCACAUCCUACACCUUCCUGGCUCGCCACAGGUGCUCGACCUCAAGAACAAGAUCCAAGCCGAACAGGGAUUCGAGGUGGCAUCUCAAAAGAUCAUCUUCAGCGUGCGUUCGGAUCCGCAAAGCCCACACCCGAGCUUGCUUCCAAGAGCUGAUGUCCGAGUCGGUCUCUCUACAGGGCAAGAUUUUGGCCGACGACAAGACCGUUGCGGAUGCCAACUUCAAGGAAAAGGAUGCAAGUUCCACGCACAAGUCCACUCGACCCACUGGACCGACCGAACCGAGCUGA